CCGCUGCGUCUUGGCGUUCCGCGAGGCGUCCUUAGCGACCCCAGCGCGUGGCGGACGCUAGGAGCUUCCACGCUCGUGGGGCUCAGCCAGCGUGUGUGCUCGCUUGUCCCAGAAUGCCUCUCACUCAAGCUGAAAGUGUUAUAAAGAAUAUCAUACGAGAAAUAGGACAAGAAUGUGCAGCCCAUGGAGAGAUUGUGUCUGAAACUCUGGUUGCUUUUAUGGUGAAAGCUGUAGUCCUGGAUCCAGGUAAUGGCUUUAACAUGGAUAGAACCCUCAUGAAAAGUGAUGUGCAGAAACUUGUUAAGUUUUGUGUGGCUCGGCUAUUAGAUAGUAAAAAUCCAUCCCUGGACACCAUUAAGAUGCAAGUCUACUUUGAUAUGAACUAUACAAGUCGAGAGGAAUUUCUUGAAGAACAUCACCGGGUCCUAGAGUCUAGAUUAAGUUCUGUUAGCAGAGAAAUUACAGAUAACAGAGCAUGUGUGAGAGAGGAACUAGAAAGCCUGUACCGGAAGAUUGUCAGCUAUGUGUUACUACGCUCUGGGCUUGGGUCCCCUACUGACAUCAAGACUGUCAGAGAGGCAACAGCUGCCCUACAGAGUGUUUUUCCUCAGGCUGAGCUUGGAACAUUUCUAACUCUUGGCAAGAAGGACAAAGAAUGCCAGCUGAAAGAACUCACCAUGAUUGUUACUGGAAUUCGCUUAUUUAACAGAGACUGUGGAAAAGGAGGAGAAGGCAUUGAUGAUUUGCCAGCCAUUCUCCAUGAAGCAAUCCCAGCUACCACUCAGCACAUUGAUUCCCAACUUCAGAUUGCCCAGGACCAGGCGUAUCGCUACACAGCCAUCCUUGAGAAAGUAAUGAAGAACCCACUCAUGAAUAAGGAACUUCAGCCAUAUAUGUUAAAGGAAGCACUGUAUAAUGUUCGACAAUAUGAGAUUUUCCUUCAGAUCAUUUUGUCAGAUAUAAUUACUUGUGCUCAAGAAGUAGAAAUGAUGAGAAGGCAAUUAGGAGCACAACUGGAACUAUUAAAAAUGACUGUAAAAUCAAAGACAGCUGUCCCAACAUCACAGGUCUUUCCCAUCUUCAUUGCACUGGCCAGCCUGUGGACUAGCUUUCAGGAUGAAACUGUUUUGAUUAGUGUCCUCAGUAAUUUGACCACUCACCUGGAGCCAUUCCUGGGCACCCAUGAGCUUCUCUUUCCCGAGAAGAUGAUACAAGGUUUUCUCGAUGAUGUGACUGUGAAAACUGACGUGUGUAGAAUAAAAGAACACAUAGAGGAGAGAGUACAUUUGGUGGAUUUCAGAAAACUGGAAUGGCUUUUUCCAGAAACAAUAGCAAAUUUUGAUAAAUUGUUAAUUCAGUAUCGUGGAUUCUGUGGAUACACAUUUGCUACAACAGAUGGUCUACUCCUUCCUGGAAAUCCAACAAUUGGAAUUUUGAAAUACAAGGACAACUAUUACACUUUCAAUACCAGAGAUGCCGCAUACUCAUUUGCAGAGAACCCUGAACAUUAUAUUAAUUUAAUUAAAGAAAAGGCCAAAAAGAAUGCAGAGUUGAUUCAGCUGCUGGAACUUCAUCAACAGUUCGAAACCCUCGUUCCAUAUUCUCAGAUGAGAGAUAUUGACAAACACUAUAUAAAACCAAUUACAAUGUGUGAAAGUAGCACUCAGACGGAUACACACAUACUGUCACCAACAAUUGUGAGGUCAUAUGAGUGGAAUGAAUGGGAAUUAAGAAGAAAAGCAAUAAAAUUGGCUAAUUUGCGUCAGAAAAUUACUCAUUCGGUACAAACUGAUCUUAGUCACAUGAGAAGAGAAAAUAGCUCACAGGUAUACCCUUGCAAAGAUGCCAGCACCCAGUCUAAGAGGGAAAGCAGCACUCGAGUGCCCAAGCCCCAGAUUUACAUAGCUGGUCUUCGAGGGGGUCAAAACAAAACUCCCUGUGGGAUCAAGGUAAACUUAACUAGAGCUAUUGAUGAAACCUAG